AUGGCAGAGGAGGUCGGGUCAGGCCGGGCAUCGCCUUCGGGCGUCUUCAUCUGCCGGACGGAGGCCUGGGUGGUGCCGCGUCUGGACCCGCCGGGCGGUGCUGGGACUGGGCGCCGGGCCCCUGACCCUCGGCUUUCCGUGGCCCCGCAGUUCCUGCGAGUCACCAAGCAGUACCUGCCGCACGUGGCACGCCUCUGCCUGAUCAGCACCUUUCUGGAGGACGGCAUCCGCAUGUGGUUCCAGUGGAGUGAGCAGCGGGACUACAUCGACACCACCUGGAGCUGCGGCUACCUGCUGGCCUCCUCCUUCGUGUUCCUCAACCUGCUCGGACAGCUGACCGGCUGCAUCCUGGUGUUGAGCAGGAACUUCGUGCAGUACGCCUGCUUUGGGCUCUUUGGCAUCAUCGCACUGCAGACGAUCGCCUACAGCAUUUUAUGGGACGUGAAGUUUCUCAUGAGGAACCUGGCCCUGGGAGGAGGCUUGUUGCUUCUCCUGGCGGAGUCCCGUUCUGAAGGGAAGAGCAUGUUCGCGGGCGUCCCCACCAUGCGCGAGAGCUCCCCCAGACAGUACAUGCAGCUCGGAGGCCGGGUCUUGCUGGUCCUGAUGUUCAUGACCCUCCUUCACUUCGACGCCAGCUUCUUCUCGAUUCUCCAGAACAUCGUGGGCACGGCUCUGAUGAUUUUGGUGGCCAUCGGCUUUAAGACCAAGCUGGCCGCUUUGACUCUCGUCGUGUGGCUGUUCGCCAUCAACGUGUAUUUCAACGCUUUCUGGACCAUCCCCGUCUACAAGCCCAUGCACGACUUCCUCAAGUACGACUUUUUCCAGACCAUGUCGGUGAUCGGAGGCUUGCUUCUGGUGGUGGCCCUGGGCCCCGGGGGCGUGUCCAUGGACGAGAAGAAGAAAGAGUGGUAACAGACCCCUCCCCGCCUGGCUGGGACCCGCGGCCGUCGAGGACUGGUUCAGGGUGGAUUCGACAUAACUGCCAGCAUUUCUGUAUCCUCUUCCCUCCCCUCCCUUGGUAAAGGCACAGAUGUUUUGAGAACUUUAUUUGCGGACACCUGAUAAUUGAUGGCUAAAUCUGCUCUGGACCCACAACCUGGUAUCUGACCGUGCAGAGCCGGCCGGCCCGUGGUCAGCACCUCCCUCCCCAAGGCAGGCCGCGGCUUCUUGGAGUGAGCAGCUUGCUUGGCUGUGGCCUCUCAGUCCUGUUUUUUUUUUGUUUUGUUUCUUUUUUGGGGUGGGGGACCUUCACGCUGUACUGUGAGCAGAUACACUUGUGUAUCAUUC